UUCAGUUGCCAGGUGAAUUCUCUAGCGUGAAAACAAAUGAUGGAACAACACACAAACACAACAAUAUAACUCCAAAAAUUCCGAAUACCCCAAACAACUUCAACAACACCAACACUUUAUCGAAUUCGCCAUGGAAAGUAUGAGGAAUGAUAAACCGAAAUUGUCUCGAGCCCAAGGCAGCUCGAAUCAUAGCCAGCGCCUUCCUCCAAUACGCCCUCCCCCAGCGCCUGGCUCUAUACGUGCUAUACUACUCGAAAAUUGCACCACUCGACUCUUUGUUCAUCCGUUUGAUUGGACUGCCGAUCAUUAUCGCGCUCUUCACAUCGAACUUGUUACAUCUGCUAAUGUAGAGGAGCCGAUAGCUGAAGAUAUUAAAUCACAAAUUGCUGAAAGCAGAAUAAUAGAGGGAGCAUUAUGGGAUGUAAAUGGUUGUGAUUUGAUAAAAAGAGACAAAGCGAUUCGAAGUUUAGUGAUCAAUAUGGCAAAAGUAUAGAACCUGCAUUUGGAAUAGAAAAGAUUACAUUUCAUGUAUGAGAAUCAGGUUAUUGCUAAACUUCAUGAUGUUCUGGUUGCUUGGCCUCGAUCUCGAUCUACGUCUGAGGUUGAUUCAAGACUCCCAAUCUGGGCAUAUACUCACCGAAAGUGUACAAUUGCUGCACGACGGAAUUGGUACAAAUCUAAAAAGAAACUAUGGUCCUUUGUUUGGAAUGAGGCCAUCCGCAAACAGGAGCUUCCAAUUGACCCUAUUUACAUCGCUAUUCUGAUCGCUCUAGCUCAAUAGAGAAGGAGAUUCAUUCCGCAAGGACCAACAUCGUAUCAGGUAUUUUGUUUCUCUUUGAAUAAUAUAUAAUGCUAAUUAGUUAUAAUAGGUCACUCUUUUUGUCCCUAUACAUAAAUGAAUAAUAAUAGCCAAUACUCUUUUAUCAAAUACUGUAAUACCUACAUCACCACAAACUCAAAAGCGAAAAGUAGUAUCAAAUAUUAUACAAUACACAGCCGAUAUUUCAACCAUAUAUUUACAGAAGUUCGAAGAACCUUACAAAUUUUAUAAUGCUAGUCUUUGCAUUGAACAAAAGAUAUUACCGAUCAACGAAGCUGCUAUAUUCUUUCAAGCUAUGCAAUCUGCUUCCAAUUACCUUAAUACAUACCCAAAACCUUCUUUUGAGGAGUCUACUUCGAAACGCAAAGCAGACGAUCAAAAGCUGGAAAGCAAGCGGAGGAAAGUUUGUAGUAUAUGAUGCAUCUCUUUUACACCAAUCAUUCGAUUUUGCACGGAUAUCUAAAUGUUGGAAAUUGUUACACAAGACCUCGUUACAGGUCUAAUAUUCAUGCAGGUCAUAAAUUAGUAUCAUUUGCCGAUCGGUUAAUGUUGAUUGCCGACAAUGUUGCCGUGCAUAAUUCGGCCGAUCAGCGUACAGACCAGCGUGAAUCUAUCAUUCACAUUUACAUAUUUUACAAUGUCUACUUCAACAUAAUGACUCGAGUCAAUCCUCUGAUCCAACAGCUUUAAAACUUAGCUAAGGAAAGUUUAGUGCAGAACCUCAUUCCCCAAAAUUCAUGCCCAACUACCUAGGUACUCACGCAUGACCUAUUUGGACACGGCUAUGUUGCGGCUACUUUCAGGGGUGUCUCGCUUAGAACAAAGCCUACCUCGGCUAAAAUAUUUGCACCGAAAUCAUCAUACACCGAAACCUACCGAAAUCUGAUCCGUCCCCACUUUAACAAAUGAAGUGCUUGCAAAUCUCGACCUACCCGCCAUUCACUUCUUGCCGGUCAGCCCGAAGCGCAUGCCCCGAGUCGUGUCUAGGAUAUGGUACGCACAUGAGAUCUAGUAUGUUACAUAAACCGUAACUGAUCCAAUCAUUCCUCACAAACGAAGUAUUGCAUAUGCCAUUAAUGAGAUUCUACGCAGGUCUUCUCAUGCUUACAUGCGACAAUUGAAAGUUCGUGGUUUUCGAGCCACGUGAUACAGAUCUAGCCUCCAAAUUCAAGCGAUGAAGAAGGGGUUGCUAAGGAAAUAAUGCAGCCGUACCCAAAUGCCAUAUAUGCUUGGCGACUAGUGAAAACAGAUGGAUGCGAUAUAUGAGGCCGAUAAGAAGCCCGUGUAACGGGACCCGAAUAGGUGGAGGAUGAGCUGUCAUGCUUUUUACCCGGCUGGCUCGUCGUGUAGCCGUAUCGAUCAUGUGAAAGAGACAGCUAUGGAGCCUUAUCGGAGAGAAAAUGAAUAAGAGAUCUUCCAACCUAAUUAGGCAAGACGAUUUUCAAUUGCAAUAUCACGUUCAGUAAGGUGUCUCAGCUCACGUGUAUGUCUUAUCAACCCCGUUACUGAGCCACCAGACCACUAGCCACAGCAACGAUUUGAGGAUACAUUUCGAAAAUUUGCAAAAGAAGGUCGAGAGGUCAUGAAGGAUGGGAAGGGAAUUGAAGGGCUUUUUGGUAUGACUUUAUUGUCGAAUAUGAUCACGAU